GAUUCACAAUCCUUCCUCCCAACUCGGAUUACUCGCCGCUUCCAUCCGCCUGUAUUAUCGAUUAAUCAAGUUUUCUAAGGUGCUUUUUCCUUCUGAGAUGAAUAUCCCACAAGCUUUGUUGCCCAAAUCUUCUGCUAAUGGAUUUCCCCGUCGAAGAGGUGAUAGAGAGGGUGGGGCUAGGUUGGAGAAUAAGGUGCAGUCAGGAAAACCUAAUCAGGGAAGAAAUCAAACUACAGGCGAAGUGGCUGGUGGGAAGGCUGGAGGAUAUGAGAAUUCUUCCCGUGAUCGGCUAGUUUUUCUCACAACCUGUCUCAUUGGGCAUAUGGUGGAAGUCCAUGUGAAAAAUGGAUCAAUUUACACUGGAAUAUUUCAUGCAACUGAUGCAGAAAAGGAUUUUGGAAUAAUCUUGAAAAUGGCUCGCAUGAUAAUGGAAGGUACUUCGCAAGGAAACAAGGCUGUUACUGAUUUUGUUAGCAAGGCACCCACAAAGAUUUUAAUUAUACCUGCCAAAGAACUUGUGCAAGUUAUAGCAAAGGAUGUGGCUGUAACUAGUGAUGGAUUUGCAAGUGAGCUCCAGCAUGAAAAACAUCAGGAACUUUUGAUAGAUUCUGUGAUAUCACAAUCCCGUCAUGUUGGGAUGGAGAGAGAAUUGGAGCGCUGGGUUCCUGACAAAGAUGUCCCAGAGUGUCCUGAGCUAGUAAAUAUUUUUGCUGGCUCAUGGAAUAGGAACUGGGAUCAGUUUGAAACCAAUCAAAAGUUAUUUGGUGUACAAAGUACUUUCAAUGAGGAGCUUUACACAACAAAACUUGAGAGAGGUCCUCAAAUGAGAGAGUUGGAGAAGGAAGCAAUGAGAAUAGCAAGAGAGAUUGAGGGCGAGGAGACCCAGGACCUUCAUCUAGCAGAGGAGAGAGGCUUUGAUCUUCAUGAUAAUUUGGAUAUUGAUGAGGAGAUGAGAUACUCCUCUGUCUUUAGGGGUAGAGGGUUUGACGAUAGUGGUUAUGAAGAAGAGGAGGAUAUUAUGUUGGAUUCCCACAAUGUUGAGACCUUUGGAGAUUCUUCUGAUUCUCUCAGUAGGGGGCAGGUGGAUUUGACCAGUUUUCAAAGCAGUGAUGGAGCUCGAAUUUCAUCAAGCACUUCUUUAGUGGAUGAGGCACCCUCUUCCCAAGCCGCCAUUGGUGCAGAUUUGUAUCAUACUGGCUUUAAUGUUCAAUCCAAACAGCUGGCAUCUGAAAUUCCUUCUGAAAGUUUCUCUGUAUCUGACAGUGAAAGCAGGAUCCAAGACAAUUUGCUUGGUGAGCAUGGAGGAAGCAGUGAUGCUAAAGGGUUUGCUCAAAAGCAGUCUCCAUAUGAGGACCAGCAGUUGUCAAAUUCCAUCGAUUCCCAGUCAUUAUUGAAUGACAAGUUUGAGGGGUCUGAUAAAGCUGGGCCACCAGCAAAUCCUACUACUCUACCCCAAGCUAAUUUUAUAUCAAAGGUUAGUGAAAAGCCAACUUCUUCUGGUGAACGCUCUGAGUGUCCAGCUGCUAGCAAAGUUAAUGGGGAAACACAUUCUGUAAACUCCCGUGGACAACCUGGUAGUUCUACAUCAUCAAAUUCAGAUUCUGUUGCUGCUAUCUUAGCAUCUAGUGGCCCUGGCUUAUCACCAAGUUCAUCAGUGGGUUCUUUAUCCUCUGAGAAGUCAACACUGAACCCCCAUGCAAAGGAAUUCAAACUCAACCCUAAUGCGAAGAGUUUCAAACCAUCUCAGACAUCUGUUAGGCUCCCAUCCCCAGUCUCUGAUGGUUCAUUCUACUAUCAAACACAAGCUACUCCUGUACCACAUAUGCACAUGCCUGUUAAUUAUGGGAUUGGACCCUCCUUUCCGGGACACCAACCUGUUGUAUUCAAUCCACAGGUGGCACCAAUUCAAUCACCUCAAGCAUAUUUUCAUCCAACUGGGCCACAGUAUGGGCAACAAAUGCUUCUUGGGCAACGACCUGUGAUAUACUACCAACCGGAAAUGCAAUACAAAGGAAGGGAAUAUUAACCAGUUGUAGUUUGGUGACAACAUUCUUGAGAGCCGUGCACUGCUCGUGAAAGAAUAAAACUUUCAAAAGAUUGCCCGGAUGAACUCGAAAUAAUGCCCUAUAGCCGUCCAAGAAAGGUUGCAUAGGUUGUCUUGAUCGCCUCAUAUAUUUUCCAGGUUCCAGGGUUAUAUAAUAUUUACUGUCAUGGGAAAUAAUUUUACAAUCCCGUUUUAUGCUUUUGCAUAGAUUUGUAGCAUUCAUUUAACUAACCUGGCAUUUUCUCUGA